AUAUGAAUCCAAUUAUCUAUGUUUCCAUCCGCAUGGGUUAGCCGUUUGUAGCAUGCGCAGAACAGUGUAAACAAAACUGAUGUUUCAGUGUUGCGGUAUAUUCUGGAAGAAAGAAGUUUUAUUCGAAUAAGAUAAAGCACGAACUAUUAUAUAUUUCAAUUUUGUCUGCGAAGUUCAAAGUUCAGUAAAGGUUAAAGAAGAAUAUAGCAACAUCGUGAAUGGUCAGUGAAUGGUCAUUACAUUUGAGACAUGGAUAACGAUAGUGACUAUGGUGGAACCUACUAUAUAGAAUCGAAACAAGGUCAGUUGGGUAUGGAUUCACUACCAACAAUUGUCACCAAUGGAACGAUGGAAGGUAGUUUACAUGUGAACAUAAAGAACGAUAACACAUCUGAUCCGUCAGCAGGAGAAAAGAUAGAAAGUCUGGAAAACCCCGAGUACACGGACUCUGUUACCAGUAAUGAGAGCGGGACAGCAUUUUUAGUACGAGAUAAAAACAAAAUAUGGGAAGAUAGUGAGACCGGAUCAGAAGACGACAAUGCUAACAUUCACUUACUUGAAAAUCCGGCAUACAUCGAUUCUGUUACUAGUACUGAAAAUCAGCUUGCUUCCUUACUAAAAGGUGAACAGGAGAAAGAAUAUACGUAUAUUCAAGAUGAUGCGAAAGAAAAUCUGUUUCAAGAAUUUAUAGAAGGAUCGACUAAGGGGUUCGAAAUAUCCAUUGUCGAGAUUGUUCCUCAUGUACACGAUGAACUCAAGGUGGAUCCGCCCUUGUGGGAAAGUAAUGCAUACAUUGAUGAGUUUUCCUGUCCAAGUCCAGGUGUUAGACGACUAGAAAGAGUUUGUAAAAACGCAAUAAUUAAUCUAAGUCAAGAUCUCUCGUGUAAAAGUUCAAUGAAAGGCUCCACUUUACUACCAGUAUUAAUAAAUCAGGUUCCAGAUCCAGUUCAGAUUGAAGAGGAGUCUUUCUUUGAAGGAAAUGAAAUUAAGAAUCUCUUAGUGAUAAGCGUCUCAGUAUCAUUAAUGAAUGCUGCGUUUUCAUCCCUCAGAAAUCUACAGAGCAGUCUUAAUCACGAUGGUGGUGUUGGAUUAUACUCGUUAACAGGGAGUAUGGCAGCUUUUACAUUUCUCAGUUUAUUUACGCCUAGUCUUAUCCAACAAUUUCGACCAAAGCGAUGUCUCAUCUUGUCCUUGUUCGCCCAUUUAUUAUACGUUGCUGCCAAUGUUACUCCAAACAUUUAUAUCCUGGUACCCGCUUCAGUGUUACAAGGAGCUGCCAGUGCUUUGAUGUGGAAUGCUGUUAGCACGUACGUGACUUACCUUGCACGAUCAACUGCCAUUAGAAACGAUAAAAGAACCGUCCACGUUGCAGGGAAAUAUUUUGGUGUAUUUUUCUGCUUUUUCCAGUUGUCUGUUGUAGCUGGUAACUUGAUCUCAUCCAUUGUGUUAAAUGACCAAAAUGAUGUUACGAACAAAACGAUCUCAACAAACACUGAUCUUCAAAAUAUUGUAUACAAUUCCGUUUCCAAUUUGAAUGAUUCUAUGAACAUGGACAUUCCAUUUUCAAACCUAUCAAAAUAUGAACAGAAUAAAAUUAGUAUAUGCGGGUCAAAAUACUGCCAUUCAUAUCCCAUCGAACUUGGAGCUCUAACUGCGACGUCAAGAUACAAUUUGUUGGGCAUUUAUGGAGUAGCCACCGUCUUGUCACUCAUUCUACCUCUGUUUUUAAUGGAUAGAUUGAAAAACUAUCGGACCUCAAAAAUAAACAUUAAGCAUAUAGCAAACCAAGCCGCGGCCGUCUUGCGUUGCAUUGUAGAACCAAGAUUCCUGACUUGCUUUAUAAUGUUCUUCUACAGCAACAUGGAACUUGGUUUUGUGAUGGCUGAGGUUACAAAGGCUUUUGUAACUUGUCCACUCGGAAUCCAUAUGGUUGGUUACACAAUGAUUUGUUUUGGAGUCUGUGGGAGCAUAAGCUCAUUUGUGAGUGGGAAACUGGAGAAACAUGUUGGCAAUGUUAGUCUCAUUUCUGCAGCAACCAUCAUUGAUUUGGUUUUGUUGGGUGUGAUGUUGGUAUGGCAACCGAACCAAGAACACUUGUAUUUUUACUUCCUGUUGCUUGGUGCUUGGGGCGUUGGUGAUGGAAUCUGGAUGUCUCAAGUAAACUGUGUAAUAAGUAGGAUUUUUCCUGACAAGCUAGAAGAAGCGUUUGCCUCCUUGAGAGUCGUUAAUGGACUCGGGAUGACCUUUGGAUUUGCCUAUGCCAGCAGUGUGUGUAUGACCCAUAAAAUAUACAUACUCUUUGCCACCUGCUUGACAGGAACUGUAGUAUACGUCAUUGCAGAAAUUGUGCGCAAGUGCAGAGCCGAUAAGAAAGAGAAAGACGACGGCUAUGAUUGGUCUACUGAUGGACUUUAAACAAGAUAGUAAAAGUUAUUGUUUAUAUAUGUAAAUAUUUGAUCAUAAUUAAUAGUAGCGGGUAAACUCAUUUCAGAAAGUGCUAUUUGUGUUCCUAUUGUAAAUUACGUUUUGUUUGUAUAUAUUGAAUGUUGUAUUUUAAGCAUUUAAAAGCUCGCUUUGCAUAUUGCAAAUUUGAUAGUUGUAUUUUAUAUAUUUAAAAGCUCUUUUUGCAUAUUGCAAAUAUGAUAUUUGUAUUACCAUACAUUUCAUAAAUGUAUAUUUAUAUAAGUUAUACAUCAGGGAUAAUUGUUGUCUCCCUAAUUGUUUUUCCUUUUUACAAAAGUCAUGAUAGUGACUUAUUUUAUUUAAAGAUCUGAAUGUUUUAUGACAACUUUUGUCCAUGUUGUUGACGUUUGUCAUCAUCAUAUUUUUAUAGUCUACAACAUGUAUCUAAAUACAUAACGUCCAGAGCAAAAUGAAGAGUAUUGAAGACUUGAAAAGUUAAGUUUUAACAAUGAAAUAUAUAGGCCAACAAGUUUUUGAACUGAAGUUUACUAUAUUAUUACAGAAUUGUUAAAGUGACAGAUCACUUUGGGGAUCUGAAGAAUGGAUUUUUAUUUUAAAAAUGAGCACAUUUUGACAGAUCUGUUAGACCUAGUUAUAUCGUGGUGGAUCUUUAUUUUUUUUAUUACAUUCAAACAGAAAAUAAAGUCUUUCAUAAAACUGUAAACGGAAAGCAUAUUUAUUUACGAUUAACGGGUCUAUGUUAUUUAUCGUAGAAAUUUAAUUGGACUGAAAUAUUUUAAGAGUAAUCCAUUGAAAGUGAAAUAUAUGUUUUUAUAUGCAUGCUAAAGAGUUAAUUUUAAAGGCUUCUUUAAAAUAUGGUAUUGUUUUGUAACUUUCGCAAUUAAGGUUUGAAGGUUUCUACUCUCAGCAUUAACUUUUAUCUUUUUAAAAAAAAAUUUAAGCAUUAAUUGUAUUAAAUUUGAUGAUGAAAUGAAAAUAAAAAGUUUCAAUUAAUGUUGAUAGAAGGAGAAAAUUGAUGUAUUUGAAGACUAAUUUCAGUGGAAUAUAUAUUUUAUAAUGAUGUAUUUUAUGUAUUUAUGAAAGAUACUCUACCACAUACUUAGUCCAAUCAGAUCAUUGUUCAUAUCUGUACAGGGUUAUGAUUUUAUUGUCAAAUUUAUUUGUAAAACAUUUGUAGAAUAUUUCUAUACAUGUUGUUAAAUAAGGUUGUUGACCAAUAAAUAUCGAAGUUUU